AUGGUAAUCCAUCCGGUGGAUGUACGUCCCUUCGACGGUGGUAGAAAAACAACCGCCAACGGGCCCUCUUCCUGCGGGCUCUUCGCCGUCAACUCGCCCAACUUGACGUACACGGAAUCGGAAAUCCGGUCCAAGUACGCCUACCAUACCACCAUAGUCAGCCAGAACGGCGACGACAGGUAUGUUGCCACGCCCAAGGAGACCGUCUACAACUUCAAGGUCGACCGCAAGGUCUCCAAGGUCGGCGUCAUGCUGGUGGGCUGGGGCGGCAGCAACGGUUCUACCCUCGGAACCGAUGCCAAGACCCUCAAGGACGUCAACAUCCCCUUCCACGACGUUCUACCCAUAGUCCACCCCAAUGACCUUGUCAUUGGUGGCUGGGAUAUUAGCAGCCUGAACCUCGCUGCCUCCAUAGACCGUGCUGCCAAGGAUCAGGUCGAUAAUCUAAUCUCUGGAUCUAAGUCCUGCACCGAGCAUGUUGAGCGUAUCCGCAAAGACAUUCGCGACUUCAAGGCGGCCAAUAACAUGGAUAAGGCCAUCGUCCAGUGGACUGCCAACAUGGAGCACUACGCCGACAUCAUCCCCGGCGUCAACGGCACGGCGGAGAAUAUUCUCAGGGCCAUCACCGACGGGCACGAGGAAGUCUCUCCCUCGACCGUGUUCGCAGUAGCCUGCAUCCUCUAG